AUGGUUCUCAAGACUGAGCUAUGCAGAUUCAGUGGCCAGAAGAUUUAUCCUGGUAGGGGUAUUAGAUUCAUCAGAUCUGAUUCACAGGUGUUUUUGUUUGCAAAUUCCAAAUGCAAAAAGGUACUUUCACAACAAGCUGAAGCGUCAAAGCUUACAUGGACCGCGAUGUACCGAAAGCAGCACACGAAGGGUCUUGCGCAAGAGGCUGUGAAGAAGAGGCAUCGUGCAACCAAGAAGCCGUAUUACAGGGCUAUUGUGGGAGCUACUUUGGAAGUUAUUCAGAAGAAGAGAAGUGAGAAACCUGAAGUUCAUGAUGCUGCUAGAGAGGCCGCUCUUCGAUAA